ACACCAGGGCACCCUGAACAUCAGGAGUCGGCAAACACAGAGGCUAGUAGCUGGCUGGUAUCACCUCUGCAGGUAAUGCCCAGAAUUCCUGCCUCCAGCCAGGAGGACAGAGAAGAUGGCCUUCAUUGCAGCUUUGGGGCUCUUGAUGGCAGGGAUCUGCCCUGCUGUCCUCUGUGAUGGCAUACUGGGAAGGGACACUCUACCCCAUGAAGACCAAGGCAAGGGGAGACAACUGCACAGUCUCACAUUGGCUUCCAUCAACACUGACUUCACAUUGAGCCUCUACAAGAAGCUGGCUUUGAGGAAUCCAGAUAAAAAUGUUGUCUUCUCCCCUCUUAGCAUCUCAGCUGCCUUGGCCAUUUUGUCUCUGGGAGCAAAAGACAGCACCAUGGAAGAGAUUCUAGAAGGUCUCAAGUUCAAUCUCACAGAGAUCACUGAGGAAGAAAUCCACCAGGGCUUUGGGCACCUCCUACAGAGGCUCAGCCAGCCAGAGGACCAGGCAGAGAUCAAUACAGGUAGUGCCCUGUUUAUUGACAAAGAGCAGCCGAUACUGUCAGAAUUCCAGGAGAAGACAAGGGCUCUGUACCAGGCUGAGGCCUUCGUAGCUGACUUCAAGCAGUGCAAUGAGGCCAAAAAGUUCAUCAAUGACUAUGUGAGCAAUCAGACCCAGGGGAAGAUCGCAGAACUGUUCUCAGACCUGGAUGAGAGGACAUCCAUGGUGCUGGUGAACUAUCUCCUCUUUAAAGGCAAAUGGAAGGUACCAUUUAACCCCAAUGACACAUUUGAGUCUGAGUUCUACUUGGAUGAGAAGAGGUCUGUGAAGGUGCCCAUGAUGAAAAUUAAGGAUCUCACCACACCCUAUGUCCGGGAUGAGGAGCUGUCCUGCUCUGUGCUGGAACUGAAGUACACAGGAAAUGCCAGCGCCCUGUUUAUCCUCCCUGACCAGGGCAAGAUGCAGCAGGUGGAAUCCAGCUUGCAACCAGAGACCCUGAAGAAGUGGAAGGACUCUCUGAGGCCCAGGAUUAUAAGUGAGCUUCGCAUGCCCAAGUUCUCCAUCUCCACAGACUACAACCUGGAGGAGGUCCUUCCAGAGCUGGGCAUUAGGAAAAUCUUCUCCCAGCAAGCUGAUCUGAGUAGGAUCACAGGGACCAAGAACCUGCAUGUCUCUCAGGUGGUCCACAAAGCUGUGCUGGAUGUGGAUGAGACAGGCACAGAAGGAGCCGCUGCCACAGCAGUCACAGCAGCCCUAAAAAGUUUACCGCAAACUGUACCUCUUCUGAAUUUCAACCGGCCAUUCAUGCUGGUUAUCACUGACAAUAAUGGUCAGUCUGUCUUCUUUAUGGGCAAAGUCACUAACCCCAUGUGAGUCUGAAGCUCCCCAAAAUCUGACAAUUCUGCCCAGGAUCCUGGAACAGAGCCUGGAUGCUGAUCUCUGUAUAUGCCCUGACAUACAUGCUCUGAUUGGCUAUUGCAAAGUUGGCUUAGACAGUGACAUCAACUAUCUCUAUGGCUCCCAUGUGCACUGGAGCCUUUGGAUUGUCAGUGUCAGGCACUUAGGACCCUUGGGAGCAUCUACACAUGUUUCUGAACUUGGAAUCUUUCUUUAUUCUUCUUCCCUGGUGACUCCUCUUUCUGUGUUCAUACCCCAAACCAAGCCAUUGAUAAGUCCCAGUAAAGGCUCUGAGAACAUC